GGGGAGGGGCGAGCUGGUGCGGCCUCUCCCGUCGCUUCUGCAGGCGAACCUGCGCGCGUUCAGCGCUCCCGGGAGACGGAGGGUCCGGCGGUGCCCGGGCGUCCGCCCUGUGGCCCGCGUGUCCCCGCGGCGGGCGGCGGCCUUGCCCCGCCGCGGAGCCUGCGCGGCGCGUGUGGGCGUUUAUCUGCGCCGCGCACCCGCACCCGCUCCCUCACCCCUCCGGCCGCCGCCCAGAUAAGGACGCGCUGGAGCCGCCGGGGACAGCCACCCGCGUCCCUCUGCUGCUGCCGCCCGCGGCCGAGAACUCCCCGGGGACUCGGGCGGCCGUGGCGCCUUACCAGCCUUUGGUGCGGCCGAGCCGGUGGCGCUUUGGUUUGGAAGAUGACACACCACACAGUUGCCUGUCCUCUGGUGGCCGACUAGCGGGCGGACAAGUAUGACCCAAGUUUGAUGUCUGUGCCUGCUUCCCCAAGGUCAAGAAAUUAUCUCCUUAGACGGCAACAGUACUAUGCACGUUAUGAAUUGUGUCUCCUCGGUCAGCGAUAAAGGAAAUGGGAAUAUCGCCCCGGCCGCUGGAUUCAUGAUCGGGCAAACGCCGCCACCACCCUCUCCUCCUCCACCCCCUCCUCCUCCACCAUGUCCAUACUCAGGGGCAGGGUUUCCUCCUGCUCCUCCCCCUCCCCCUCCCCCGCCUCUGCCUGGGGGGCCUCCGGUCCCCUCCCCCCCAGGACUACCGCCACCUUCUCACCUGAACGGCUACAGCCACCUUGGUAAGAAAAAGCGGAUGAGAAGCUUUUUUUGGAAAACCAUUCCCGAGGAGCAAGUUCGGGGCAAAACCAACAUCUGGACCUUGGCAGCCAGGCAGCAGCAUCACUACCAAAUUGACACAAAGACCAUCGAGGAGCUGUUUGGGCAGCAAGAAGAGAGUGCCAAGUCCUCCCCUUCUAGGAGAGGGGGCCCUUUAAAUUCGUCCUUCAGGGAGGCCAGAGAAGAGAUUACUAUCUUGGAUGCAAAACGGAGCAUGAACAUUGGGAUAUUUCUUAAGCAAUUUAAGAAGUCUCCUCCAUCCAUUGUGGAAGAUAUUCAUCAGGGAAAGAGUGAGCAUUAUGGAUCGGAGACAUUGCGAGAAUUUCUUAAGCUUCUGCCAGAGUCAGAGGAGAUAAAGAAACUAAAAGCGUUCAGUGGAGACGUGGCCAAGCUGUCUCUGGCAGACUCCUUUCUGCACUGCCUAAUUCAGGUGCCAAACUAUUCACUGCGGAUUGAAGCCAUGGUGCUGAAGAAGGAAUUUUUGCCUUCUUGUUCCUCUUUAUACACAGAUAUGACAAUUCUAAGAACUGCUACAAAAGAGCUGAUGUCAUGUGAGGAGCUUCAUUCGAUAUUGCACUUGGUGCUGCAGGCAGGGAAUAUCAUGAAUGCAGGAGGGUAUGCUGGCAAUGCAGUAGGAUUUAAACUGUCUUCUUUGCUCAAAUUGGCAGACACAAAAGCAAACAAACCUGGGAUGAAUCUUCUGCACUUUGUUGCACAGGAAGCCCAAAAGAAAGACGCUGUUCUUCUAAACUUUUCUGAAAAAUUGCAUCAUGUUCAGGAGGCUGCCAGAUUGUCGCUGGACAACACGGAGGCAGAGCUGCACUCGCUCUUCGUCAGGACGAGGUCUCUGAAAGAGAACAUUCAGCGAGACGGAGAGCUUUGUCAGCAGAUGGAAGAUUUCCUCCAGUUUGCCGUGGAAGAGCUGUCGGAGCUGGAGCGCUGGAAACAAGAGCUCCUGGCCGAGGCCCACACCCUCAUUGAUUUUUUCUGUGAGGACAAAGACACUGUCAAACUGGAUGAGUGCCUUCAGAUAUUCAGAGACUUCUGCAUCAAAUUCAACAAAGCAGUGAAGGACAACCAUGAUCGCGAGGUGCAGGAGCUGAAGCAGCUGCAGCGGCUGAAGGAGCAGGAACAGAAGCGGCGCUCCUGGGCGGCUGGGGAGCUUGGCUUCAGCCGGAGCAGCAGUGAGAAUGACGUGGAGUUGUUGACCAAGAGGGGCGCAGAGGACCCUUUUCUCCACUCCAGGCCCAUCAGCCCCUCCCACCGGCCCCCCAACACCCGGCGCUCCCGCCUCUCCCUGGGCGCUUCUGCUGACAGGGAGCUGCUGACCUUCCUGGAGAGCUCCACUGGCAACCCCGAGGAGCUCAAGUUCAACAGCUUGCCCAGGAGCUGUCCCCGGCAGGCGCCCCCCAGCAGAGCCUGGAUGGAGUCUGGAGAACAGAGGGACCAGGACUCCAGCCAGGCACACAGACUUCCAGCCUCAAAGGACCAGGAGGAAGCCACUGACCCACCCUCAACUUGGCAGAGCCAGCUCCUGGCCCCCCGGCUGGAGGAACCUGCGACGGCCUUACCCCGAGUCAGGCGCAGUGGGGUCAGCAUCCUGCGAAAGAGGAACAGUGAGCCCCUGGGCCUGGGUCCUGUGCGGUCCCCUCCACUCUCGCCCUUGGCCCUAGGGAUUAAGGAGCAUGAGCUGGUGACCGGGCUGGCCCAGUUCGACCUCCAGGCUCCCAAGGGCCCUGAGGAGCCGGCCCGGCUGACCAUGAACGACUUCAGCCCAAUGGAGCUGAUGUCUGUGGUGGGUGAGAGCCCGCAGGCCCCCCGCGCCCCAAACGACCGCCUGACGCCCGUGGACAGAAGCGCAGGGGAUGCUCCCCUCCCAGCCCUGGAGGGUGGCGGGGCCGCCCGGGAUGAGGCAGGCAGUGCAGCUGCGGGAUCAGUGGGCAGCAGCGACCCUGAGAGCAAAGAUGCAGGGCUGUUCUCGGACACCACCGACUGCUCGCUGACCCUGGACUGCUCCGAAGGAACCGACUCCAGACCGGAAGGGGGGUGCCCGGGCGAUGGGGGCGACAGGGAGGGCUCCGUGUCCUCGGGGGCUGGGGACAGCCAGGUCUCCUCUCUGCCGGCCUGCAGCUCGCCAGGAGAGGUUCCCGCUCCCCGUCCGGUCUCGGUCUCGAGGAAGAGCGAGCCGGGCUGCCAGGCGGACCCUCCUAGGGACAGGCCGGCCCGGGAGAAGGAGGUGAUGUCCCCGAAGAGGAGCUCCGUCAAAGAGGCGCCGGCGGGGACCGGGGCGGCCCGGCGGGUGGCGGGGGCGGUCCGGCCAGUGCGGACGCUGACGGGCUCAGAGAACGAGAGCCUGCGCAAGGUCGUGCCCAUCGCGCGGGCCGGCCGCGCACCAGUCUCGGGGAAGCGCGCCCCCCGCGAGGCCCCCGGCGGCCCGGCCCCCGCUGCGGCCCGGCCAGGGAGGGAGUCCCCCGCGCCCGCCAGGACCUCCUUCCGGAAGCCCAGCGCCAAGCCGCUCCGCAACGUCCCGCGGCCGAAGCCCGACGAGGACAAGAUGUGCCGCUCCAGCUCCCAGGGCCCCGAGAGCCCCGAGGAGGCACCCCGGGCCCCGGCUGCCCCCAGCGCGCCCCGCGGCCCCGCCCCGGUCCCCAGCUUUGCCCGCAACACGGUCGCCUCCUCGUCCCGGUGCCUGAGGACCGACUCCCCCGCCGUGGCCCGACCCCCCGGCCUCACCCGCACCGUAUCGCAGCGGCAGCUCAGGGCGAAGGGCGGCCCGGAGGAGGCGGCCCCGAAGGACGGAGGCGCCCUGAGGCGGGCCAGCAGCGCCCGCGGCCCCCGGAAGGGGCCCGAGUUGCCCGAGGGCCCAAGGGCCGGCAGCGAGGCCUCGCCCAAAGGCCGCGGGGCCGGGGAAAGGGCCUCCGUCCGGCUGAAGGACGCCAGCCGGCCGGCCCUGGGGAAGGGGCUCCAUCCCUUACGGAAGUGAUUGGCGGCCGCCCUGCUCUCCCGCCUCCUGCCUGGGGUUCCGAUGGAGAGGACGGACUCUUGCGGAAGUCACAUGCAGUCAGUCAUCCCUGGGGCCACCUGCCAGUGCUGCCCCCGCAAAUCCCCCAUGACCGAAGGUGCAGCCCUGGGGUCUGGAGACCCGCACUGACUCCUGCUGGACAGAGGUUCCCCGCGGUGAUGGGCCGCGGAGGUGGACCCCGACCUCCAGGCAGACCGCAGAGACCCACAAACGAUUCAGAGAGGAAGGCGACCUUCCUAUGUAACGAGUGAAAGAAAACUUUUGGCCAGUUUUUAUAUAUCUGACUUUUUUAAUAUAAAAAUUGAAUGUUGUUUUUCGUUGGUUCCUUUCGCGGAGUGAAACGCUUCCCAGGGGUAAAAGGAUGAAGAUAUUUUUAUCAGCCAGUGUUCCCUGGCCUCAGGGUUCCACCUGCUCCCGCCGUCCAUUGCUGGCAACUGGCCUUCUGCAAGUCAGUGUGCUGUGGCUGACAUGGUCUUCUUGAAGAUUUUCUGCCUUGCUCACCUUACCCUGCUGUUUGGUGAGGGUUUGCCUGUGAACAGGAGGGAAAGUGAGACUGGUGGCCGGAAACUGGAUGCUCCCUGUGUGAGGGCUGGCACCGUGGACAAUGGGGCCAGCCUCCCCUGCAGAUGAGUGGCAGCCCCUGGGAGAAUGCUGGAGCUUCCAGAAUGUAGAAGUGCUGUAUUUUGAUGGAUAGGCAUCAGGGGCUGUUGGGCAGAAUACAGCUUGCCCCUCUGUGUUUUCUUAUUUGAGUAUCUGUUGUGAAGCUGAGUGAAGGCUGCUAUGACUUGUGUUCACUGGAGUUACAGGGAAGAAGAAACCUUCAGUCUCCCAGUCUUCUUUGUAAUAUGACCUGGAGCCUAAAAAUUCAGUAUCUUUGCUUUUUUUUUUUCCCCCUCUUUCAGUGAUUCUUUUUAAUGUUGAUGUCUGUUCUUUGAUACAGUGAUUUUCAUUCCUGAGAAGAACCAGAUCAUAUUUUUAAAAACAGACCUUCCAAAAUGAAAUUGCUUUAUGAUUUUAUAUUAUCAGGAAAUUUUUGCAAAAAAAAAAAAAAAAGUUGGGCUUCUUUCAAAAGAAAGGGAAAAACUGUUAAUGUAUUAUUUCUACCCAGUGCCAAUUUCACUGUUUCCCUCUGACUAAUUGGGAAAUGGAGAACGUUCUUGAAACUUUUUUAUUAUUUAAAAAACUUCCCCCAGUUUUUUCACUUUUGAUUUACUUAGUAGUGCAACUUUGUCUUAGAUCUGACAGUGGGAGAUGGAGUUCGGCAAAUGCAGUGUAAUUGUCUUGAAUCCAUAUGGUCGAUGUCCUGGUCUCCGUCCUGCAGAAUUUUGCCUUCCGUCCAAAUUAAUUGGAAAUUCUGAGCUUCCCUAAGUCAGCCGCAUUGAAAGGGUAAAUGCUAAGGUUGAAGAAAUAAGGCACCUGACCACAAAACCUCUUGUAAAAAUCACCCUGGAGAUCCAGGGCUCCGCAGAGAUGGUUAGUUAUGAGGAUCCUGAGCCAUCUUUUGCCAUCUCAAAAAGCCUUAAAAAAUCAUGUAUCUAACAGGCAGCGAUGUUCAAAACAGAGGGCCUGUGAAAGAGGUCCCAAGUUUGUGGAUUUGUGGGUGUUCCAGGGUCUGGACUCCUUGGCGAAACCCUAGAAACCAGGGUCUGAGUCCCUGUUCCAUCACUGAUGCUGUGUGGCUUUGGCCGGUCACUCGUCUCCUUAAUCCCGUUUCCAGUUUGCAGAAGUGAGGGCGUGGCCUCCAUGAUGGUCUUCAAAGGUCCUUCUACUCCGAGAGUCCAAGUCAUUAUCACCCAAGGACCCAUCUCUGCCCCGGGAUCAGCUUCCAGAACUAUCGCCCAAUAUCUCUCCAGCAGAGAUCUCACAUAAAGCUCUGCUCAGAAGAAAGCACCCUUGGAAUGGGUGGUUGCUUUGAAAUCUAAUAAGCUGAGUGUCAUGAGUUUUGCUAGCCCUGUGGACAACUUGUAUGCAUCUGUGUGAGCAGGUGAAUCAUUCUAUUACCUUUUAUUGGUAGUAAGCUUGGAAAAAUAAUUUAAGUAUAUAAUGCAGAAGUGUAAAUAAGUUUCUAUAUAAAUUUAAGAUGAACUGAAUGUAUUUAAAGGUCCAUUUAUAUGUUCUUUUAUGUAACGUGUAGUUUAGUAAAGUUCUUGUUUAUGGGAUUCGUGUUUUAUUCUCAGCUUGCUUCCAUUGAUGUGUGACCUUGGUGGAAGAGUAUGUCAUUUCCUGCACAGGAGGUUGGGAUGGAGCAGUCCUGUCUUCAAAAGGCUCAAGAGGGGUUGCCUAGUGGCCUAGUGGUUAAGGAUCUCAUGAUGUAACUGCUGUGGCUCGGGUUCAAUCCCUGACUUGGGGACUUCUGCCUUCUGCAUGCCGCAGGCGUGGCAAAUAAAAUAAAAUUAAAUUAAAUUAAAUAAAAGGCUCAAGAGCUAAAAUUAGGGCCAUCAAUGUGGGUCUUGGUAGCACAGAACCUGCAAUUUAACUGAGGGCCUAGGGAGCGGGCCUAGUGCCAGAUCUGUGGGGAUGCGGGCGUACACCUGACAUGCAGGCCAUCCCUGGAAUGUUCAGCACCUCGAACACAUUCACGUUAUUCUGUGUUGUGGGCCAAGCUUUGUGUGAUCUUUAUGGGGCUGCAAGUCUGGAUCUGCUCCCGUGUGUUCUCACGUGUUUUGGCUCAGGAUGCUGCUGGGAAAUCGCAGCUCACUUCUGUGGCUGCCUCAGGAAUGAGCGAGAGGGAGGGAGGUGAACUUUUAUUUGAGACACGGUGUUGGGUUGAAAAGACAGGCAGAUUGUGUGUAAGAUGAGCCUCGUACCUUGGGGUUUCCUAUCCAGCUUUAGUCCUCUCGCUUCUCUCUCAAUAGAUCUGAUGGUGGCUUAGCGGAAGAUCCGGGGUCAGGCACCAAGGAUGAGAGAGUACAUAAUGUCAUCGUCCCCACCGUGAGUUGCUGCCCCAGGGACAUUGGUGGCCUGGCUUUGCCUGGGCUGUAAGAGUUUGGGACACUGAGGUGCUCGGGGUUAUAUAUUCCAGGUAGUUUUAUUUGCACCCUUUUAUUUUAGGUUUUCACAAAGAACCUGCAUUCUAAUCUUUCUCCUGAAGAUUCACAUUGGUUUUAAAGGAGCCACAGUUUCCCAGCUGUUCCUUCAAGAGUCCACAUAUCUGUCCGUAUUAUGGUGAGAGGCUCUGCAAUUGUUUGGUAAAACAAUUAACUCAGGCUUCCGAGGUGCACAAAUUCACCAACUUCUGUCACUAAGGGUGCAGUGUCCUUCCUCUAUCACCUCCCACCUGGCAAUGACAUCUUGCAAUUGCACAGAAUUUUCUAUUGAAACUUUAUUCUUUUUUGGGGGGGAGGGGCACGCCCAGGCAGGCGGAAGUUGCCUGCCCAGGGAUCCAACCCAAUCCACAGCAGUGAGAACGCCAAGUCCUUAACCACUAGGCCAUCAGGGAACGCCUUAAACUUUACUCUUAAUUCUUCAUUAGCUUUUUCUUUCAUGCUACAGUCCUGCCAAAAAAAUAAAAAUAAAAAACGAA